AUGGAACCGGGGCCCACGGCGCCCUCCUCCGGCGCCCCGAGGCUGGCCGGGGUUGGGGAGACGCCUCCAGCCGCCCCGCUGGCCGCCGCCGGGAUGGACCUGCCCGGCACAGCCGUGCCCUCAGCGCCGGAGGAUGCUGCAGCUGUGAGCCGUGGCGGUGGUGGGGUCCGCGGGGAGGGCGCCGCGGCUGCCGGCGACGGGCUGGGCAGACCCCUGGGGCCCACCCCGAGCCAGAGCCGCUUCCAGGUGGAUCUGGUUUCCGAGAAUGCCGGGCGGGCGGCGGCGGCUAGCGCUGGAGCGGGAGGCAAGGAGACCCCCGCGGACGGGAAAGCCAGCGUCGAAAGCGGGCAGGCUAAGGCCAGCGAGGAAGCCAAGGGCCGCUUCCGCGUGAACUUCGUGGACCCGGCUGCCUCUUCGUCGGCGGACGAGAGCGUGUCUGAUGCGGCAGGGAUCGGAGGCGACGGGCCCAACGUGAGCUUCCACAACGGCGGGGACACGGUGCUGAGCGAGGGGAGCAGCCUGCACUCGGGCGGCGGCGGCAGCGGGCACCACCAGCACUACUACUAUGACACCCACACCAACACCUACUACCUGCGCACCUUCGGCCACAACACUAUGGACGCCGUGCCCAGGAUCGACCACUAUCGGCACACGGCAGCGCAGCUAGGCGAGAAGCUGCUCCGGCCCAGCCUGGCGGAGCUCCACGAUGAGUUGGAAAAGGAACCUUUUGAGGAUGGCUUUGCAAAUGGAGAAGAAAGCACGCCAACCAGAGAGGCUGUGGUCACAUACACUGCGGAAAGUAAAGGAGUCGUGAAGUUUGGCUGGAUUAAGGGUGUACUAGUACGUUGUAUGUUAAACAUUUGGGGAGUGAUGCUCUUUAUUAGAUUGUCAUGGAUUGUGGGUCAAGCUGGAAUAGGUCUGUCAGUCAUUGUAAUAGCAAUGGCCACUGUUGUGACAACUAUCACAGGACUGUCUACAUCAGCAAUAGCUACUAAUGGGUUUGUACGAGGAGGAGGAGCAUAUUAUUUAAUAUCUAGAAGUCUAGGGCCAGAAUUUGGCGGUGCAAUUGGCCUGAUCUUCGCUUUUGCCAAUGCUGUCGCAGUCGCCAUGUAUGUGGUUGGAUUUGCAGAAACUGUGGUGGAGUUGCUGAAGGAACAUUCCAUACUUAUGAUAGAUGAAAUCAACGAUAUCCGGAUUAUUGGAGCCAUUACAGUGGUGAUCCUCCUAGGUAUCUCAGUAGCUGGAAUGGAGUGGGAGGCAAAAGCUCAGAUUGUUCUUUUGGUGAUUCUACUACUUGCAAUAGCUGAUUUCGUCAUAGGAACAUUUAUCCCAUUGGAGAGCAAGAAGCCCAAAGGUUUCUUUGGUUAUAAGUCUGAAAUAUUUAAUGAGAACUUUGGGCCAGAUUUUCGAGAUGAAGAGACCUUUUUUUCUGUAUUUGCCAUCUUUUUUCCUGCUGCAACUGGCAUUCUGGCCGGAGCAAAUAUCUCAGGUGAUCUUGCAGAUCCUCAGUCAGCCAUACCCAAAGGAACACUCUUAGCCAUUUUAAUUACUACGCUGGUUUACAUAGGAAUUGCAGUAUCUGUAGGUUCGUGUGUUGUUCGGGAUGCUACUGGGAACGUUAAUGACACCAUUGUAACAGAGCUAACAAACUGUACUUCUGCAGCCUGCAAAUUAAACUUUGAUUUUUCAUCUUGUGAAACCAAUCCUUGUUCCUAUGGCCUAAUGAACAACUUCCAGGUAAUGAGCAUGGUGUCAGGCUUUGCACCAUUAAUUUCUGCAGGUAUCUUCUCAGCCACUCUUUCUUCUGCAUUAGCAUCUCUUGUGAGUGCACCCAAAAUAUUUCAGGCUCUAUGUAAGGACAAUAUCUACCCAGCUUUCCAGAUGUUUGCUAAAGGUUAUGGGAAAAAUAAUGAACCUCUUCGUGGCUACAUCUUAACAUUCUUAAUUGCACUUGGAUUCAUCUUAAUUGCUGAAUUGAAUGUUAUUGCUCCAAUUAUCUCUAACUUCUUCCUUGCAUCAUAUGCACUGAUCAAUUUUUCAGUAUUUCAUGCAUCACUUGCAAAAUCUCCAGGGUGGCGUCCUGCAUUCAAAUACUACAAUAUGUGGAUAUCACUUCUUGGAGCAAUUCUCUGUUGCAUAGUGAUGUUUGUCAUUAACUGGUGGGCUGCAUUGCUAACAUAUGUGAUAGUUCUUGGACUUUACAUUUAUGUUACCUACAAAAAACCAGAUGUGAACUGGGGAUCCUCCACACAAGCUCUGACUUAUCUGAAUGCACUGCAGCAUUCAAUUCGUCUUUCUGGAGUGGAAGACCACGUGAAAAACUUCAGGCCUCAGUGUCUUGUUAUGACAGGUGCGCCAAACUCACGCCCAGCUUUACUUCAUCUUGUUCACGAUUUCACAAAAAAUGUUGGCUUGAUGAUCUGUGGUCAUGUGCAUAUGGGCCCUCGAAGACAAGCUAUGAAAGAGAUGUCCAUUGAUCAAGCCAGAUAUCAGCGGUGGCUUAUUAAAAACAAAAUGAAGGCUUUUUAUGCUCCAGUACAUGCAGAUGAUUUGAGAGAGGGUGCACAAUAUUUGAUGCAGGCUGCUGGUCUUGGGCGUAUGAAACCAAACACACUCGUCCUUGGAUUUAAGAAAGACUGGUUGCAAGCAGAUAUGAGGGAUGUAGAUAUGUAUAUAAACUUAUUUCAUGAUGCUUUUGAUAUACAAUAUGGAGUAGUAGUUAUCCGCCUACAAGAAGGUCUGGAUAUAUCUCAUCUUCAAGGACAAGAAGAAUUACUGUCAUCACAAGAGAAAUCUCCUGGUGUAAAGGAUGUGGUACUAAGUGUGGAGUAUAGUAAAAAAUCAGAUUUAGAUACUUCUAAACCAUCCAGUGAGAAAUCCAUUACACAUAAAGAUGAGGAAGAGGAUGGCAAGACUCCAACUCAACCACUGUUGAAAAAAGAGUCCAAAGGCCCUGCUGUGCCUUUAAAUGUAGCUGACCAAAAGCUUCUUGAAGCUAGUACACAAUUUCAGAAAAAACAGGGAAAGAAUACUAUUGACGUCUGGUGGCUUUUUGAUGAUGGAGGUUUGACUUUAUUGAUACCUUAUCUUCUGACUACCAAGAAAAAGUGGAAAGAUUGUAAGAUCAGAGUAUUCAUUGGUGGAAAAAUAAAUAGAAUAGACCAUGACCGAAGAGCGAUGGCUACUUUGCUUAGCAAGUUCCGGAUAGACUUCUCUGAUAUCAUGGUCUUAGGAGAUAUUAACACUAAACCAAAGAAAGAAAAUAUUGUAGCUUUUGAUGAAAUGAUUGAGCCAUACAGACUUCAUGAAGAUGAUAAAGAACAAGAUAUUGCAGAUAAAAUGAAAGAAGAUGAACCAUGGCGAAUAACAGAUAAUGAGCUUGAACUUUAUAAGACCAAGACAUACCGGCAGAUCAGGUUAAAUGAAUUAUUAAAGGAACAUUCAAACACAGCUAAUAUCAUUGUCAUGAGUCUCCCAGUUGCAAGAAAAGGUGCUGUGUCUAGUGCUCUCUACAUGGCAUGGUUAGAAGCUCUAUCCAAGGACCUGCCACCAAUUCUCCUAGUCCGUGGGAAUCAUCAGAGUGUCCUUACCUUCUAUUCUUAA